AGUACUGUAGCACGGAUUGUAGCAGUGGAGUCGACGCCAACAUAUGCUAUGCUUUGUGUGUUCUUCCAUUCCGUCGAAGCAUUUGCUGCUUUAUUUUAUCCUUUUUACUAUCGAAACCACACGGAUGUGUGCUACGUGCGGUAUUUCUGCAUUUGGGUGAGAAACUGUUAGCUUUAUGGUGUAACAAGGAAACAGGGAUGACGCAGAGGCCACGGUUUUCAAAAACGUCAUUUGUUGGCUAAUGCUUCGACGUGGUCGCACUGCGCACAUUCCGCUGGACAGAUCUCAAAGUUCAGGGCUGCUGAAUGCGUUAUCAAUGGAUAUUAUAUUGGGUUUAUCUGUAUUUUCACAAUCUGCGCCAUGUUUGAUACCUGUAUAAGCUGAACUAGCAAGCCACUGAAUCAUAAUUCGUGAAUUUGUGGAUAUCAUCGGACAUCGAUCGAUCGUGCCACCUGCACCUGAUUUGACGUUGAUUAACAUCGACAGAAGUUGUUGGAUUUUUCAGCUGGGAUCUCUGAUGCGAAACAUUUAUUCCGGAUUACUGCUUGGAUAAGCCGAUAUCAAUUUUUAUUUGGACUGCACGGUUACAGAGUGACGAGUGACCAUGUCGGAGACCUCGACGCUGCAGUCGCUAGUCAACACCGUGACGGACCUGCUCACAGCCAGUGUGGCGCAGCAGCAAACGGCCGGGACGGUGGCGCCGGCAACCACCAUCACCACCACGAUUGACCCAACAGCCUUCACGGAUGCAUCGGGGCUCAUCCAGAACUCCACCACGGCCGAACAGGCAGCUGCUAGUCACCAUUAUCACUUCCUAACCGGCAUCAGUGCACGCGGCAUCACCGGAGCAUGCACCUUUGCGGCUCUUAUCAUCACUUGCUUUCAGAUCUACAAGCAUCUCAGAUUCUACAAUAAUCCUAAUCAUCAGCGAUGGAUAAUACGAAUACUUUUUAUCGUGCCCAUUUAUGCGUUUGAUUCAUGGAUAAGUUUACUGUUUAUCGAUAAAGAAGGAUAUUAUGUCUAUUUUAAUGCGGUCCGGGAUUGCUACGAAGCAUUUGUAAUAUACAACUUCUUGUGUCUGUGCUACGAAUACAUCGGCGGCGAGAGUAAUAUCAUGGCCGAAAUCCGCGGAAAGCCGAUCAAGUCAAGUUGGCUGGGGGGCACUUGCUGUUUGAAAAACCAGAGCUACACCAUUGGCUUUCUGCGUUUCUGCAAACAGGCCACUAUUCAGUUCUGUUUCGUCAAGCCGGUGAUGGCCAUUGUCACGCUGAUACUACAGGGAUUUGGAAAAUAUUCCGAUGGCGACUGGAGUCCGACCCGCGGUUACCUCUAUAUUACGAUAAUCUACAACUUCUCCAUCACAUUGGCGCUGUACGGUUUGUUCCUCUUCUAUUCCGCCACCCAUGACCUACUCCGGCCCUACAAACCACUGGCCAAAUUCGUCACGGUGAAGUCGGUGAUUUUCCUGUCUUUCUGGCAAGGGGUAGUGUUGGCCAUACUGGAGAAGGCGGAAGUGAUCAGCGGUUUCGGUCAGGGCAACAACCAUGUCGGUCCGGGUACGGUGUCGGCCGGAUACCAAAACUUCCUCAUCUGCAUUGAAAUGUUAUUUGCCUCCAUUGCGCUGUGGUUCGCAUUCCCUUAUGAUAUCUAUACUCAGAGUGCAAGCGGUGGUCGGGCCAUUGGACUGCACAGCAUCUCCAGUAGUCUGAAGGAGACAAUGAAUCCACGGGAUAUUAUGCGGGAUGCUGUACAUAAUUUCAGCCCGCAGUAUCAGCAGUAUGUUCAGUACCAGCACGAACCAGCCAACACCGUGACGAAGUUCGAAGAGAUGCCUCGACAACAGUUCUACAGCGAAACCGCUCCUGACGCCACCGCCGGCUAUCAACAGAACCCACCACCGGUGCCAGCCCCGCCGGUCACGGCUAACACCAUUAGCCCCAAUGGGACGGUGCGGCCAGUAGCGAAGUUGCCGGUGCACGGCGAGAAGACAAUCCUACUGGAUGACGAUGAUAAACGUCUUCCCUGAACCACGGUUGCAGUCUUACCUCAAAAAACAAAAUCAGUCGCUGUGUGUACCAAAGGCUUGUGUUUUUAUCUGUGGAUGCUACUUCAUUCCAUGUCGGCGGCUACGAACGAUUUCCCAGGGCGGAAGGCAGCAGCAUGCAGGCCUUUUAUGAGAUAACUGCGUAUGCCGAGCGGAAGUAGAUGAUUCAGUGUUUUAAGAGUUUUGAUGUUUAUUUGAGUAAUUUUGCACAGUCGAUGUGUUUUCGACAACUUCAAACGGUGUCUUUUGUACCGACUGUAUUCUAACAAGUUUGCGGAACGGUGGCAAGUUUACAUUAGCGGGUGGUUACUGGUCAAAUAAAGAAAGAGCCUGCCUGAC